AUGGUGAAGAGAGCAGUGUACACACAGAGUCAUCCGCUCACCAAGGAAAUCUACAGUCUGCACCCCCGAGCUCAUCAGGUUCCUGCUGACCCUCCGCUGAUGCCCCCAGAGGUCAUUCAAAUGGGCUGUACGCACAAGACGAGCCGUUUGGGCGCUGUCAGCCCGUGCAGUACUCACUGA